AUGCGCGCCCAUGUGUCUUCUCCUAAGCCUUUUCCUGAUGCCACCAUCCCUGGCGUUUCCACGUGCAUGUCACCAGGAUCACGUAAACAGCCGGAAUUUGGGACUGAUGGCGGGCUGGCCCUGCGCAGCCAGGAGAAUCCCUCGUGGCAUCCCGGCACACUGCAGAGGUUGCCUGCUACCUACUUUGUACUGGUGGCUAAGCCCCUCGUUUCAUCUGCCGAGCACCCUGCGGCUGCGGCAGCGGCAGCGGCAGAUCUUGCGCAGGAGAGGAGGCCUUGGUCUGCCAGGGCCGCUUCUACUGUACUAUCUGGUUCUGUCUCGCUCUCGCUCCCUCUCUUCAGCGACCAGAACUGGCUACUAAGUAGUAAUCUAUUGUACAGACUAGGAUUGUACAGACUAGGACUUUACGAUGACAUGUUCGGGCUGCUCAGGCCCAACACGCCACGGCCAAAGAAAGAAUGA